AUGCUACUUAUCGGCCCUAUUCUUUGGUAUAUUAAUUUGAAUCAGCAAAAUAUUUUGUGUAAUGAAAAAAAAUCAAUGAAUAGCGUGACAACAUCUUUUGCGACAUUUCAAGAUAAUGAACUUGAUCCACCUAAUCUAAUAGGUACAAUUGAGUCAAAUAGACAAAUCAUUAGACCAAUGCUUAGUUCAUCGGCCAACGAUACUCGACUGAGUCGAGCGAAUUCAAUUAUAAAUGAAGAUACGUCAAUAGAUGAUAUCUUUACGCAUUUAACUAUUCAACAAAUUCAGAAACUAAAUAAAAAUUAUAAACAGAAUGUCACAAAUGCUAAGGAAGAUUUACAUGGUUUGGUUGGUAAUAAAUAUCGUGAUCUCAUAAAAAUCGCUGAGGAUAUUAGUAACAUGUAUGUAGUGACAAGUGAAGUUGAUCAAAAAUUAUCGGAUUUAUCGUAUGGACAAUCAAGAUUUGUUAGUUUUAACACGCUGAAUUCAUUUUCCAAGUACAGUAGCACCAUUAGAAGAAAGGAAGCAAGUGAAGCCAGGAGAAAUGAGAAAUUGACUAUUUUGAAAAAUAUCAUCAACAAUCAAUUGGUGUCGUUUGAAAUAAGGCUUUUAUCGUCGCAUCGGAGGCCACCUUUGAAGAGCACUUCUAAUUACAUAUACUAUGCGAAAUGCUUUUACACGUUAGAGUGUAUUUUUGGAGAUACCUUGGAAACCGAUAAACACUUAGCUAAUAAGUUGGCGGCAUUCAAAGCAUCAUUUGUAUCUUAUUUGGAAGCAGAGCUUUCAAGCUAUAAUGCAUUUAGUCUGACCUCUUAUUCGAAUGACGCAGGUAAAUAUAAACCGUCGCAAAAACUUAUAUGGGAAGAUAUCAUAUCUAGAGCUAAUAGCUAUCUUGUUAGUGAUGAUUUGGACGAUUUGAAUGAGGAUGAGGAUGAAGAAGAAGAUGUAAGGUUGCACGAUACGGAUUACAAUGAAGAUUCAGAUCCCGAAGAUGCCUUGCACGAAACGUACAACAAGGGAUUUUCGCCUAUUGUUAACUAUUUAAUUGCCUACAUAAUAUUAAAUCAUAACAAUGAAGAAUUAGACACAUUAACUAAGGUCCACGACAAUUUUGUUAAGUUAAGAUAUGACUAUUUAGACAAGAUUUUAUCGAAGAUCUUGUCAGCCUCAGAACCGGAAAAUACUUACAACAUUAACUUUUAUAAAAUCUUCAAGUACAUUGAAAACACUUGUGAUUAUAUUUCCAAAUAUUUUAAUACAGAAAAGCCUACUAAGAAUGAAUUAUUAAAGAACUUGAAACAAGCUACUGGCGCUUGGAAAGCGUCCAGUUUAAUAGGAUUUCAUAAUUGGAUUGAAAAUGAGGAUGUCAAAUUCAAUCAUGACUUAGUUUUGAGAAAUGUUUCAAAUCCUGAAGCAGUAACGGUCGAUGAUUUCCCAAAGCUAUUAGCUAUAUUCAGUGAUAACUUAAUCAAACAGAAUUCUAAUAAUAAUGAGAAAGGUAUAAAUAAUCUUUCCAAUUCUUUUGUUAUUUUUCACAAUUUUAUUAUAAGUCUAAAGAAGUUGGACGUUUCGAUGAUAACAAACGGAUCUAACUCGAAAUUAAUAGAGCUUCUUUCAAAUUCUAUGAAAAAUAAUAAAACCAUUGCCACAGAUUUGCUUGAAAAUGUCAUUUCAAAAACAAAGCACAUAUUUACAUUACAUUUCGACGCCUUAUCCAAGGAACUGGGUGCAACCGCUGACAUAUUGUCAGCUAUUAAACUGAGUGUUGCCGACAAGAAAUUUAGUUCUGGAACUACAAACCUCGAAUUAUUCUCAUCAGAUUUGGUUGAAACUAUUGAUGCAGAUUUAAACAAAUACAUAGACUUCGUAGCCCAAAUUUCGUCGUUGCCCUCAUUGUCUACCACAAACCAUGACAUUUAUCAUCAGAUCAAUAUUUGGUUUGAUACUUAUUUUGAAUACAAAGAUAUAAUAAACUUUGAGAAAGAGUCUGAUUUGGAUAGGUUGAGUCCCAAUAAUUGUUUAAGUCAUCUAUCUGAAGUGCUUUCAAGCCAUAAAACCAACCUGUCUGGAAAAUGGGGCAAUUUUUCCAGGGAGCUAAUGUUGAAUACGUUUGAAACUUUGACUGAAAGCUUUAAUGAAACUCUAUACAAUAAAAUUGAUAAUAUAAUUCAAGCAAUUGAGUCAUUAGUAAAGAACGAUGAGAAGAAUAAUGACGUGGAAACUUUCUAUUACUUACUACGUGUCUUAUUAACAUUUUCGGAUAGAUUAAUGGGUUUCAAUGAAAGUAAUCAGAAUGAUCGUAUUCGCAAAUCAAUAUCUGCUUUACAUACUUUGUGUAAAGAUAUAUUUGGUUCAGUUGUCAAAAUUAUUCCCUGCGUUAGUAAUAACGACGAUUCAUCGUUUAUAGAGUCAUUUGAUAAGUUUAUUACUAAUCUAUUAUCAACUCUGAAUGAUACGUUAGGUCUGGAUUUAUCAAAUAGACCUUCGCUCAGAUUGUCAUCUUUAAUGUUUUAUUUGUCAUCGAAGUAUUUGUCACCGUUUACGGAAAAUUAUGCAAAAGAUUAUGAAUAUGGAAAAUUGUUUCUGAACCAACAUGUAUUUAAAAUGUUUACUGAGUCGAAGAAGGAAUGGAUUUUAGAAGAUUUAAUACAGAAAAGAAUAAUCAAUGAGUUACCACGUUCGGUGAGUAAUACUGAUGAUAGCAAGGAGUCUAUAGAGAAUAAGGAAGAGGCGUUGAUCGAGAAUGACAUAGCCAGUUCUACUAUAACUAAAGAGAAAUUUCUUUUGGUUUUUACAAAUAUAGUUUACUUGUUACAAUUUGCGAAUGGUACACCUAUCACUGAUGUGAAUGAUUCAUUAAUUCAAUAUCAUAUCAAAAAAUUAAAAGAGGCAAUGGAAGAUAAAAUAGAUAUAGAUGACCUUUCUAUGACUCUUAUUGUUAAGAAUAUUGCUGAGUUUUACAAAUCCAAUAGAGGAAUAUAUUUGCCAUUACUGAUUUCCUAA